GGCACGUCUCGCCAACGGAGGACGACAACAUGGCGGCCUCCUUGCGUCUGGGUCGUCAAGGAAUUUAUUUUGGCCUCAGGUUGUCAAAAUUUAACAAAUGUUUAUGGGCCACACACCCUUUACAGGACCGGGUCAGACACUUCUUUCAGUCGCCAUGGAUGUUCGGUGUCAGCCCACUCAAAGUGGAAAUGCCAGCUCUCUCCCCCACCAUGGAGGAGGGAAGCAUCGUCAAAUGGCUGAAGAAGGAAGGUGAGGCAGUGGCAGCAGGCGAUGCCCUUUGUGAGAUUGAGACCGAUAAGGCGGUGGUUACCAUGGAAUCUAAUGACGAUGGUGUCUUGGCAAAGAUACUGAUGGAAGAGGGUAGUCGCAACGUACGCCUUGGCACUCUCAUUGCCCUCAUGGUGGAGGAAGGGCAGGACUGGAAGCAGGUCGAGAUCCCCGCUCCAGAUGCUGCAGCUCCAUCUGCAGCUCCACCUGCUACACAUGCAGCCGUUACCCCAGUUGUGGCCCCUGCUGCUCCCUCUGCUCCUCCUCCACCAAAACCAGUCACAUCAGGACCGUUACGUCUGAGUCCAGCAGCAAGACACAUUCUGGACACCCAUGGUUUAAACCCAAAACUGGCUACACCCACUGGACCAAGAGGACUAAUCACUAAGGAAGAUGCACUGAAUCUUUUGAAGACAUCUCCUACCCCCAAAGCGAUGCCAGCCGCAGUUGCACCGGCUGCCCCGAGUCCUGUCCCCACCCCGGCAGCUACACCUCCUCCUCCCCCAGGCAGCAGACCCAACAUACCUCCUCUCUCUGUACCAGGGAAACCAGGAGCACCGGGAACGUUCACAGAGGUCCCUGCCUCAAAUGUCCGCCGUGUGAUUGCUCAAAGACUAACCCAAUCGAAGACGACCAUCCCCCAUGCGUAUGCUUCUAUUGACUGUGACAUGGCUGCUGUCAUGCAGCUGCGAAAGCAUCUGGCCAAAGAACAAAUCAAAGUGUCUGUAAAUGAUUUCAUCAUCAAGGCAGCUGCUGUUACACUUAAAGAAAUGCCAGAAGUGAAUGUGACCUGGUCUGGUGACGGACCUCAAGCACUCGAUUCAAUCCAUAUCUCAAUUGCUGUUGCAACUGACAGAGGCCUCAUUACUCCAAUCAUUAAGGAUGCUGCAAACAAAGGAGUCCAGGAAAUCUCAGCAAAUGCUAAGGCAUUGGCCCAGAAGGCUCGAGAUGGGAAACUUCUACCAGAGGAGUACCAGGGAGGCUCAUUCAGUAUAUCUAACCUCGGGAUGUUCGGAAUCAGCGGCUUCAGCGCCGUGAUCAACCCUCCUCAGGCGUGUAUCCUGGCUGUCGGGUCCUCCAGGGCCGAGCUGCGACUGUGCGAGGAGGACCAGACCCUGCGCACUCAGCAGCUGAUGACAGUUACGCUGUCCAGUGAUGGACGGCUAGUGGAUGACGAAUUAGCCUCACGGUUUCUUGAUAAACUCCGUGCCAACUUAGAACAGCCGCAGCGCAUGGCCCUAGCCUGAGAAACCGAGGUUUGAUCUGUGAAAAUGAUUUGAAUGAUAAAGCAAGGAACGCCUCCAUGACAAAGCCCGGCUCGUGCUUUCACAAGAGCGAGCCCUUAAAUAGCUUAUUACCAUUCAUGCCUAGAUUAAGGCUUACAAACUAGCGUUGUACAUAAUGUAAAAUUCGAUUUAUGGCGUGCUUCUGACAGAUAAUCACCAGGCUUUGUGAUGGAGGACUUAAAAGGACUUCUGUCAGAGCAGUAGAGGAUUCUAGCAGUGGUGCCAAAUAUCACCAAGACAGAAGCUGCAUAACAAAGUGUGUCUUGUAUACUGUAAAUUGGGUGGUCGGUCUACCACACUAGUGUUGUGUAUAUAUACAGUCCUUAUUCCAGUUCAAGUUGAUUAUUUUUCAGUCCCCUUACUGUCACACAUGCAAAUUAUUCUAUACAACUAUUUAUUCCUCAUUUCCAUCCAUGGCAAUUCAGUUUUCAGUUAAUAAUUUUCUGUUGUUGAAAAUCUAGUCAUUAAUUGCUCAUGUCAAUAUGUUUUAACUUAUUUUAAAUGGACAUCACUAAGACACAAACCUGCAAAUCCAUCUGUAUACAAAGUAAACUUAGAAUUCGGUGUCUUCAGAUGCCAAUAAAACCCACUGCUCAACCUUCA